UUGUUUUUCCCAUCCGAUUCUCUCCGAUUCCUUGUUCAGAUUCCAUUUUUCAAUGCUGAAGUUUUUGCCGAGAAAAACUCUACCUCAUACACAUGGGAAGAUGUGCUCAAUUCUCAUAUAGCAUUCCCUACAGUGAAAAAUAAACAACGCGGUGAUAUGGAUUGGCAUGAUCAGUGUCAUUAUUACGAACGAAAUUAUGUACAUUUGAAGAAUCUUCCUCUUUCGCAGGCAAUCAAUUAUUCUAGUAAUGAUGCUAGAGUGGUUAGAUGUGAACAGUGGGAGUACGAUCAAUCAGUGAUGGAAAAAACAGUAGUGACGGAAUGGAAUCGAGUAUGUGAUAACAACUGGAGCCGUGCUCACGUACAUAUGAGUUAUUCGCUCGGUUACCUCGUCGGGGGACUACUAGGCGGAUUUGUUAGCGAUCGGUUAGUUUCAGUAAAGUUGAACCAUUCAAAUGGUGUGAAUACAGAACACACAUAUACGACAGGCACCAUGCUUUAG